CCUGCUGGCUUACAGGAAGUGUAUUGGUGCCUCCUGUUAGGAAGACUGCACGGAAAACGGGUUGGAAAGGGCAUAGAUAUGUCUUCAUUUAGAUCCUAGAAAUUAAUAUUGGGACCCAAAUUCCUGAAAUGGAAUUUAACUACAUGUGGAGUUGUAGGGCAGGAAGUAAACAGUUUUCUCCAAAAACGUGCUUAACUCAUGCUUGCAGGUAGUGUGGAGGAAUUUAUGAAUCCCUGUGGAAUCACAGGAGGAAAAAAAUGAGUUUGGGAGAGGAGACGGCUCUAAUGAACGAUUUGAGACAAGGCAGGGUAGGAGAGAGGCUGAGGUUAGAGGAGCAUGAAAGAAGCAGCGAGUGGGAUGCAGAGGAGGAGUGGAGGGUCUUGGUGGGACCGUGACCGUGGGGUGAGCAAGGAGGAGAAGAGGUGAACCUGGGCAUGACCGAGAAGGGAAGGACAAGCGUCCCAGGCACUUGGCAAAGGCAGGAGGGCAUAGUGACAAUUUCAGGGUAGGGUUGUGGCCAGUGGCAGAAGCAGCAAAUGGAGUCUAGCUGGCUAUUUUUAUAAAACUGCUCUUAGUGGCAAUGCAGUUCCUAGAGGAGAAAGCACUGGGGUUUGAAGAAAGAAACUUUUCACGGCAGCUGGUUGAAUCUUCUUCUUUCGUUCUUUAACAUACGAACCUGUAAACAUCACUUCACAUGUUUGACUUCUGAUUAUUUUAUUUUUUAUAAAGCAGAUGAGUUUUUUUGGACCUACCCUGGGUCUGUUGAAUCACAGUAAAAAGUAUCCUGAUCAAUCUUCCUGUUUAUUAUGAAGGUGGUAUAUUUGAAGUGUAAUCACUAACCUAAAUAACAUGACCAACCCCGCCGCCACCUCGGUGUCUAUAAAACUGUUUUGCUUUCAAGGUUGGUCAUCUCUGGAAAAAGCUUUCUGAGUAAGUUAGGCCUUGUGUAAGAAUAUAAUUGUAGCAAACAACAUUGUGACAUUGUUGCUACAGUGUAAACGUUGUUUCCUACAGUAUGACAAACAGGAGCUCGAGCUGGCGUCUCGGUUGACCUCAUUAAGGCUAUACGUCCUAAGAAGUUAAUGUCCUGCCUUCGUGUGACUAAUCUUAAUUAUGAAACUGUUCAGACAGGGAAGCCAAAUCUUGCUUUAUGCCAGAAUAUGUUGUUAUACUAAGGGAAAGGAAGAACAUCCUGAUCUGGUAAUAACGUAUCUCCAAGUGAACUCCUGAGAGUGAAGAAGAGUUUUCCUGGCCUUUCUGGCAUAAAGGCAAGCUUCUUCGUAACCUGUCUGACCGGCCAACCAUGCUAUUAGGCUCUUUUACCCUUGGAGGAACCAAGCAGAAAGCUCAUUCAAGUUAUGCUUUUAGCCUUCCGUGCUCAGGUUCAGUCUUAAGGGUGCUGAAAAUAUUGACGCUGCGCUAGUAAGUCGACUCACUGGAGGUACUUGAAGGGUCUCUUACAAAAUCACUUAACAAAGAAGUGGUUUUUGUGGAAAGUAUUGGGUUUUUUUUUUGUUUGGUUGGUUUGGUUUUUUUCAGUUGAUAAGUCAUGAUUGAGGCAAGAAACAGACUUAAAUGGCAAUAUAUGGAGCUUUCAAAACAGCUAAAAGGUGACUUUGGUCUCCAUGGAAGCUCAUCUAUGUUGUAGCUUUAUGGAAGACUUAUUCCAAAGCUACUGUCUGACUUUAGAAAUUAUUAUUAUUAUUUUUAAAAAGAGAACCACUAGAGCUGAAGUUUGGGGUCGUUCUAGACAUAUGGGGAAGUAUCCCCUUGUAGCAAAGGGGGCUGUUCCUGUGCUCUGCUGGAGAAAAGUUUGAUGUGACCUCGCAACGCUUUCUGCUCAGACUUCGCUCCGGUUCUGUUCCCCAGCUGUAGAGUUGGGGUAAAAAGGGGGUGUGUGGGUGGGCCAGGAAGCGUGCGGUGCUCCGACUGGUGAGGGCUGUACAGUCGCCUGGGUUGCGAGCUGUGAUCUUGGCUGGAGGGCUGGGGAAAGCCCAACUGCUCUGCGGUGUUUGUCCGUGACUCCGUGUGGAGCAGCGCAGCCUGGCGCUGCCCCUUCCUGGCGUGCUGGCUGCUCUCCCGCUACUUCAGAGACUUUAGAAAGGAGGAAAGUUCGCCUUGCAAAAGCUUACUACUUUCCAGACAGAAAAGGACUUGAGAAAACACGUAGGGAAGUGUCUCUUCGUCGUCGUUCUAAGGCAUCUGCAAAUUUCUGUGUGUUCUGCAGAUGUUAAGGUUGAGAGGGAAGUUUACUGACGAGUUUAGCUUUGGUAGCUUUGUUCUGCCCUGAGAACUGACUGUUACAGUUUGGAAACUUGUGAACAAUUUUGAAAAUUGGAUGAUUAGCUGAAAAACUAUGGGAGCGAUAUAUCUUCCAAAACACUAGAACUGAGCAAUUAAAGAGGGAAUUUUCUUAAGGCUGGCUGAAAAGUUCACUUCUCUUUUAGUGGCUGUUUUCAGCAGGGGGGAAACUGUUAAAGACUCAGACUGACCUGCUUUUUCAGAGGUGUUUGAGCAGGACUGUGCUCCAGACCCUUAGAUCCAAAGGAGCGUCUCCACAAAAAUCAGCAGUGGUAACUUCUCCAAGAGCUGUCCUAAGCCAUCUGUUUGAAGUGUGAAGUUUUAUCUGUUUCUAAACUCAGUUAAUAGGUUACAGACAAAUUCAUUAUUAUGCCUGCAUUUGCUGUGGGAGAAAGAGGAGUUAUUCUGAUCCUUGCUGAAGAGCUUUCUCCCCAGACCAGGGCUUUCUGUUCUCUCAUGUUUAAUUAAGCUGGACCCCAGUGCUCAAACCAAUGAGUCCGAAUGCUACUAUUGUAGUGCACCUUCGUAUCAGGUCGUUCUAGCCUUGUUUGGGUUACAAUACCUUCUUUGUAUUCCCCUCCCCAAAGGAGAGUAAAACCUUCUGUGAUGGGGAAGUCGAUGAGUGAGAAUACAGCAGUGCGACCUUCGUAGCUGGCAUCGUGGUAGGAAGACCCACGAGGUGGAUGGUGAUGUUUUAGCGUGUGUCUUUGUUACAGAGCCAGCCGACGUCUGUGCAGCGUGGUGGCGGCUCGAGAAGCAUGAGGCUGUGGCGCUGGGGGCCCUGAAGGUCGGCGGGCUCGCGGGGAGGAAUGCUACGGUGGGCAGUGCACUUGGAAGGUGGGCCCCGGAGGGUGAACCACGCUGCCGUGGCCGUCGGGCACAAGGUGUAUUCCUUCGGCGGCUAUUGCUCUGGAGAAGACUAUGAGACUUUACGGCAGAUCGAUGUCCAUGUUUUUAAUGCAGUGUCUCUGCGCUGGAUCAAGCUGCCUCCGGUGUGGACAAACAGCCGAGACCAUGUGAGAGAGGUGCCCUAUAUGAGGUAUGGGCACUCAGCAGUGCUCAUAGAUGACACCAUCUACAUAUGGGGUGGUCGCAACGACACUGAGGGAGCCUGCAACGUGCUCUAUGCCUUUGAUGUCAAUACGCACAAAUGGUUCACGCCGAAGGUGUCUGGAAUGGUCCCAGGAGCGAGAGAUGGGCACUCAGCUUGUGUCCUGGCAAAGAGCAUGUUUAUCUUUGGAGGCUACGAGCAGCUGGCUGACUGCUUUUCUAAUGACAUCCAUAAAUUGGACACCACAAGCAUGAUGUGGACCUUAAUCUCUGCCAAGGGUACGCCAGCUCGUUGGAGAGACUUCCAUUCGGCUACUAUCAUUGGAACAAAGAUGUACGUGUUUGGUGGCAGAGCUGAUCGGUUUGGGCCAUUUCAUUCCAACAAUGAGAUCUACUGCAACCGGAUUAAAGUAUAUGACACAGAAACCAACUCCUGGCUGGACUCGCCUCCAACUCCAGUGCUCCCUGAAGGUCGGCGGAGCCAUUCGGCCUUCAGCUACAAUGGGGAGCUAUAUGUAUUUGGUGGCUACAACGCGCGCCUGAACAGACACUUCCACGAUCUCUGGAAAUUCAAUCCAGUUUCUUUUUCUUGGAGGAAGAUCGAGCCCAAGGGCAAAGGCCCAUGUCCUCGACGCCGGCAGUGCUGCUGCAGAGUGGGGGACAAAAUCAUUCUCUUUGGAGGCACCAGCCCGUCUCCGGAGGAGGGAAUGGGCGAUGAAUUUGACCUGAUGGAUCACUCUGAUCUCUACAUCCUCGACUUCAGUCCCAGUCUAAAGACGCUGUGUAAGCUAGCGGUGAUUCAGUACAGCCUGGACCAGUCUUGCCUUCCCCAUGACAUCAGAUGGGAACUCGCAGCCAUGACGACGAACAGCACCAUCAGCCGCCCCAUCGUCUCCUCACAGGGCUGAAGCCGGCUCGUGCCUCUGCCCGCCACCCUGCCCUCACCCCUCCACACGCUGAUCUCUUGUUCCACUGCCUGCAUGAAUUUUUAGCCCCUUCAAGCAA